CUGUCGAUGGCAUCUGCGUACUAUGAGUUCUACAGGGGUUCGUCGUACGUCAAGAUAGGGAUGGCACUCACGGACUCCCUGGAUGAGCUGAUCACGAGUGGGGCGAUAACGCCUCAGCUGGCUAUGAAAGUCCUGCAACAGUUCGACAAGUCCCUGGCGGAUACGAUGGUUAAGCAGGUGAAGAAUAAGACGACGCUGAAGGGUCACCUCAAGACGUAUCGCUUAUGUGACGACGUCUGGACCUUCAUUGUCAAGAGUCCCACAUUCAAGAUGGAGUCGAACGAGAUGGUUAGCGCGCAACGUAUCAAAAUUAUUGCGUGCAAGAAUGGAGAGGCCAUUGAGGCUGCAAAGAAGUAGGGCUUGGUAGGCAGGGUUGGCGCUGGUAAAGGACGCGGAGGGGAGCCUGUAAUGUGGUUUUCAUCGCGAUGUAUCAUCAUUGGACUGUUCUUCCUUACUAAAUAAUGUAAUUGUGUUUUCAGGAGUCCACUAAAUUUUUGUGGUUUCUGUCCCUGUAAUGAUCAGCGCGCUUUCAAGGAUAUGUGUCCUGGUUG